UGAAGGGUUUAGGAUCUAAGUAGCUUAGCAUCAAUGUGGGAGAGCAGCUCUUCAACAUUUACAUUUGAAGUGCAUUCUGUGCAUUUUUUAGAGCCAAGUUAAGAUUUGCAUUUCCUACUCUGGGGUCCCUAAUGCACAGCUCUUUGAAGAAAUUGUCACUGGCUGUCUUUAAAGGCCUCACAUCCCGCUGUGGAAUUUAACAUCAUCUGUAGGUAGGAAAAGUCACCCCUUUCUGUGGGUCUCUUCAGUGUGGUCUGAGAGAUAAGAGAGUCCUCAACUUCUGCACAACAGGCCAGCACGAUAAGCUGAAGGAGAGGUGGCAACAUCACGUCCCACCCUGUAUAAAGAAAUCGAACAAACAACUUCGCAAGUGGAUAAUUUUUAAAGAAAGCUGAAGGAAGGAGCCAUUGCCCACCAGAACAAGCAGGAGCUGAAGACUUUCACGGUACAGGGAACUAGACAUGGGCCAAGGUCUGAGCAUCAAAAAAUGUGAUUUCAAGAUCACAAUGAACAACAAUAACCACCACACAGAAGAAAUCAGCACUGAAAGGCUUAUGGUGAGGCGGGGGCAGCCAUUCACUAUCACCGUGAGCUUCUCAGCUCCAAUACACAGCUACCUGCAGCAGCUGAAGAGGACCUUCCUCAUAGUACAGACAGGAUCACAUCCUUCCAAAGCAGAUGGAACCCAGACUGAAUUUCCCAUCUCCAGCCUGGGAGACAAGAAGCAGUGGAGCGCAGCACUGGAAGAACAGGACCCAUGCUUCUGGACCAUCUGUGUGAACACGCCUGCCAAUGCUCCCAUUGGCCAGUAUGCUCUGCUUUUACAUGCCUCCAAGUCUUACCAUCUCCUGGGCAACUUCACCCUUCUCUUUAAUCCCUGGUGCCAAGAUGAUGAGGUGUUCUUGGCUAAUGAGGCACAGCGGCAGGAGUACAUUUUAAACCAAGAGGGUGUCAUCUACUGGGGGACUGAAAACACAGUCCUAACACAACCCUGGGACUUCAGCCAGUUUGAGCAGGAUAUUGUUGACAUCUGCUUCACACUGCUGGAUGUAGGUGAACGCCAUCAACGAGACAAGGAUCACACUCAGCGCAAGAACCCUAUUCACAUCUGCCGCACAGUUGCUGCCAUGCUGAACUGCGAUGAGUUUAGAGGAAUCCUGACAGAAUGUGGGACCGGGCAAUACUAUAACGGGACACCCCCUUCCAAGUGGCUGGGAAGCAGCCCCAUCCUCCGGCAGUGGGUUGCAAUGCAAUGCAAGCCUGUCCGCUAUGGGCAGUGCUGGGUGUUAGCUGCAGUCAUGUGUUCAGUUCUGAGGUGCCUGGGAAUUCCUACCAGAGUGGUCACAGGCUUUACGUGGGCUCACAACACUAACGGCAGCCUGAGUGUGGAUGAGUAUUAUGAUGAAGAUGGGACACUGCUUACACAAGACAAGAGUGCCCGUGUCUGGACCUUCCACGUUUGGAAUGAAUGCUGGAUGGCUCGAGCGGACUUGCUACCAGAGUACAGCGGGUGGCAGGCACUGGAUGCCACCUGCCAGGAAAAAAGCAAAGGUCCAUCCUUCUGUGGGCCAGCCCCUGUUCAAGCCAUCAAGGAAGGGGACACAGAAGUUGAUUAUGAUGUCUGCUACUUCUUUGCUGCCAUCAAUGCCAAGUGCCAGGUCUGGAUACAAAAAGCAGAUGACACCCUCAAGCCAGCUCUCGGUGACACAAAGUACACUGGCAACAACAUCAGCACCAAGAGUGUGGGCAGUGAACGCUGUGAGGAUAUCACACACAACUACAAGUAUCCUGAAGGUUCUCUUCAGGAAAAAGAAGUACUUGACAAAGCCUACAGAAAGAUAAAGAAACUUGAGACAACCAGUAGCAGGAGUGAAACACAGUCUAGCUCCAUUCCUACUGCCCUUGAAGAGCCAGUUAACCUUUUCAUCCACCUCCAGUCGAAGAGUUCUCUGCUACUGGGACAAGAUAUUCUGCUUUCCAUUGCAGUGUUUAACCACAGUGGUAGAGAAAAGGCUACUCAUCUGGUAGUGGGGGCCCAGUCUCUACACUACAAUGGUGUGCCCAUUACCCAACUUUGGAAGGAAGAGUUUCAUUUUAUCCUCAAAAGCAAUGAAGCUAACAACCUGCAGGUCUUUGUGCCUUACUCACGGUACAGAAAAGAGUUGGGAGAGAACCAUCUGCUUAGGCUGACUGCCAUGCUGAGAGACGAGGACUCCUUCUACAUAUACUUUGCACAGGAAGAGAUCAGCAUUUGUCAUCCCUCCCUCACUAUUGAGUUUCCAGAAAAUGUGGUACAGUAUCAGCCAAGCACAGCAAAGAUCAGCCUCCUGAACCCUCUCACCGAACCCUUGGAGAAGUGUGUGAUCAUGGUUGCAGGGCGAGGGCUCAUUUACAGACAAAGGAAGUACAAAUAAUACAGAAGAUUUUCACACUGAAAAGGAAAAAAGCUGGAUAACAGAACUUUCAACAGAUGUGUAAUACAUAAGUUGAAGCCAGUAUGACAUUUGUGCGAAAGCUUCAACCCCAAAGGCCUAGACAGCAGAAGGAAAGUCCUCUGUCAACAAAAAGGGUAACAACAGAAGUACCACAAGACUUAGGCAGAAAUACACAUUAAAUAAGACAACAGUUAUAGGUCACUGAAAUGAGCUAUGAAAUUUAGAAAUUAUUUGCUGUUGAGAAAUCAAUUGCUUUUUAGCUAGCCACUUGAACAUCCAUAAGUGGGGUAAAACUAUACUGUUUGUGACGUAUCUUUCCACCCAUUACCCACUGUCAGCAAUAAAGACAGUCCCUGUGUACAAUUUCAACAGUGUCUUUCCCUUCCCUACUAAAGAACCAGGCAAACCUGGCUUAGCCAAGAGUUAUCCAAAAAAGCAUGCUUUCCUUCACAUGAAAAAAAAAUCCAACCCAUUUCUCUCAAGAAGCUGCAUUAGGACAAAGUAACCUUAGAUGCCUCCGUGGGGAGUUCAACCCUCCUGUCACAUAUCCCUCCCAAACUACUGUCAGAUCACAAUUCCAUUGUGGUAGUUUAGAUAACUGCUAGCUGCCUUCUAUUUUUUUUUCUUUCCUUUUUUUGGCACCACACUCCUGUCUAGCAAAUGCACCUCCUGGGCCCUUGGAACUAGAAAUACAAAGAGGUAUGCUUCCUGUAUAAUCCCUCUUGCCUUUCAGGCUGGGCUCUGUGCAACCUAAAAGCAUUCAACAGCUGCAAAUCCCAUUCACCCCCACCCAAGCA